AUGUCGGCAUUCUUACAGGCCAUGUCACCACCGCCACCGAAGAAAUCCUAUGUCACUGGCGAACAGUAUAUACGUACAAUAGCUCAUUACAUACGUGCGAAUGACCGUCGUCUCACUUCCCAUUCAGUCUCGUCCCAAUUGUCAAGUCACAAGCGCAGCGACAGUGGCAGUGGCGUUUUCUCAAUACAACACUUAUGGUCAAUCAGUGCUGCACUUACUGGAACCUCAAGUCCAACCCCUAGUUCGUCUCCCGUCCCAAAAACACCCCUAGUCGCAUUGGAUCCUCAUCAUAUGUAUUAUUUGUUAACUAGAUUUAGUGACUUAGGAUUGGAUGUAGGGGCUUUCGAACCUGACUCUGAGUUGGUAAUUCGACAGGGAGGAGGAUUGGAAAUAUCAGCCGACGACAACACUGAUGCUGCAUCAAUCGGAUCGGUGAAUUCAAUUGGGUCGGUUUCGUCUGCCAUGUCGUCAUUAUCUCUUUUGUCUGGAUGGAAUGGAUGGUCGACGGCUGCACAGCAGGCAGAACAAGGUCCAAUAGAAGCAGAGAUCAAAUACAUAUUCAAGGCAUUUUCUAGAUUAGUCGGAAUAAAAGUUGGACCGUUCAAUCAAAGGCGUAUCGAAGGAUCAGAAAAUUGGCCAAGAGGAAGUAUGCUUUCGCUUAGCCCAUUCAAAAGCCUCUGCCAUUUGGAGAUCUACGAUAUACCUAUCAAAAAUUUCGAUGGAUGGGAUAUAAUACAAGAACGUCUGGAGAGUUUAACUGUACAAAGAGGAUCAAUCGACGAUAUCGUCGAUUUAUUCGCAGAUGCAGUUAAGAAUUCAGCUAAGCGACGCAAGGCUAUAGAGGCCAAGAGGAAACAACUGAAAGCAAGCAUUCAACUCAACAAUGCGAUUGACGUCACUUCUUCACCAGCAGCACAAGAACAAGUCGUGGAUGAAGUAGAAGACGACUCAACACCAGUCUUACCAGAUAAUGCUUGGUCUCGAUUAGAAUCUAUAAAUUUAUCGGACAAUGCUUUGACAUUCUUCUCGGCCGAGCCCAUUAUGUACAUCUCUAAUUGUACUCAUCUUGAUUUAUCUCAUAAUUUACUCAUUGUUAUUCCAUCAACACUGGCUCAGCUAAUACAUUUGCAAUAUUUAAAUGUCAGUUAUAAUAUGAUCGAAAAUCUCACAGGGAUUUAUCAGAUACUAGGAAACGUAAGCAGAUUAGAUUUAAGAGAUAACCGUGUAAGCAAUUUAUGUGGAUUAGAAAGACUAUAUGAGCUGGAAUUUGUGGAUUUGAGAGAUAACUAUUUAACGGAUUGGGAGGAAAUCAAGAGAAUGACAGAAUUAUCUGGAAUUAAGGAGAUUAACGUUGAAGGAAAUCCAUUUACAAAGCAGCCAAAUUAUCGUGUCAAUAUAUUCUCGGCGUAUCGUGAGCACAACUUAGACAUAGUUUUAGACGGAUCAGCUCCAACAUUUAAUGAACGCCAGAAGAUUUCUGUUCAGCCUCGAACGUCUAGCCCCAAAGUUCCAGUCGCUGUCCUGAGCAGAAACCUGAGUGCGGAUAAUCUCCUAAGGCAGAAGAAAGGCAGUAAAGAGAAAGGAGACAAGAAAGAGAAAGUGAAGGAUGACAAUAGUGAUAUUAUUAAGAGCAUUCCUCUAAACAUCACUGGUAAAGGAUCGCUGAGAAAAAAGAGAAAUAAACGAAUAGUCGACCUCGAUGCUGAAGACGAUGCAAGCGGCACUGGCACUGAUACAAACACUGACGAAGGGGCUUCUGCCCGACGUACAAAAUCAAAGAGCAAGAAGAAGAAAUCCGCAAUCAGCGAAACACCACAGUCUUUAUCACCAGUUUCCUCAUCCCCCGCAUCACCCGUCUCUCCUACAAGCCCAGUUGAUGGCAAACCUCGCCAUCCUGUACUCCGUAUAGCUGAAGUAGAACGAGCAACAUCUGAACCGCGUAAAUUGCGUAAACCCAAGUCGAUGAAAUCACUGAAAACUGCUGCCGGAGCCUCCCCUUAUGCGGCAGCUGGUAUAUCGGUAUCAGCUUCUGAUGAUGAUACAAAAUCACCUACGCUUGCUUCUCCGAUUGCCAGAGGAGAAGAGUUUAGAAAGAAAAUCAACAAUAUGAGAUCAGAAGGUGGGAGUGCAUGGUUGAAAGUAUUGGGUGAAGUAAAUUUUGCCAAGAAGAACGGAGGAGAUACGACCGGACUGCAUUCCAGUGAACCACAGUUGAAGGGAAUAGUUAACCGGUUGUUGAAGGAGAAACGUGAACAGGCGGCAUAG